CUGGUUCAGCUCACCUGGUCCUCCCACCCACCACUACCGCUGAAAAGUGCUCCUAGCUUCCAGAGCAGCCUUGAGCGCGGUCCACUUCCUCUACUUCUUCGCUGAGUACCAAGUACUUUGACGCGAUUUAUUCGAGCUACUGCUUGGCACAGGGAAGUCGCUAGCGACCGGGAUUUCAAGGCCGCCUUCCUUUCGUUUUUGAGCCGUUCUACCCCUCUCUUUGUACUAGUCAGAUCCCAUGGCCAGGACUGCCAUAUUUCGUUUUACUUCGCGAGACGCGGUCGCGAGAACCGGCAUCGCCGGCCGUGCUAGCACGACCGCGAAGCUAUCGACCAGCAGGCCUAGCACCGCUCGCGCCUGCGCACCUUGCGCCACCGUGUCGCCGUCAUGCCACUCCGUCUGUCGCAUCGAGUCACAGUUCCUCGCGAAACGAAGCUUCCCGUCGCUGGGGUCUGGGUCCGCGUUUGACGCCCCGAGCUGGUCCUCCGUGUCGUCCGCCUGUCGGCGCUGCGUCAAGGUCUCGGCGCGGCUCGCCCCGCCGGAGCGGCCCGCCGCAACGCCGAGCGAGGAGCGGACCGCGCGGCCGCCGGACGGCGACGCGUGGGAGCGGCUCGAGAAGGCGAACGGUGCGGCGGUGCGCGAGGAGAAGCGCGAGGCGCGUGAGACGCGGGAGAAGGCGCGCCAUGUGAGCAUGGUGGUGAAGGUGUGCGGCGAGGACCAGGAGCCGCAGAUCACGUGCGCCAAGGUGCACGACCACCCCACGCUCGUGCUCAUGCGACACGGCGAGAGCAUGUGGAACGAUUUGAAGCUCUUUACCGGUGACGUGGACAUUCCGCUGACGGAGCGCGGCGUGAUGGAGGCCAUGGCGGGCGGGCGGUCCGUGGCGGAGAUCGACUUCGACAUGAUCUUCACGAGCCGCCUCGUGCGGUCGAAGCAGACUGCGCUGCUCGCGAUGACGCAGAGCGUGCACAAGGCGGUGCCUGUGAUCGUGCGCGGCGGCUACUACGGGCGCGGCAAGACGGGCGACGAGAACCGCCUCAGGCUGCGGGAGGCCGCGGCGCAGGCGCUGAAGCAAGCCGCGUGCCGCAUGAUCCCCGUGUACGCGGACCCCAGGCUCAACGAGCGCUGCUACGGCGAUCUGCAGGGUUUGAAUAAGGAGGCAGCGGCGAAGGAGUUUGGGCACGAGCAGGUGGCGAUGUGGCGGAGGAGCCACGACACGCGCCCGCCCAAGGGGGAGAGCCUGCUGGACACCUCUGAGCGCACGUUGGCCUUCUUCCUGUCGACGGUGGAGCCACGGCUGGCAGAGGGCAAAAACGUGCUGGUGGUGGCGCACGGCAACGUGCUGCGCUGCAUCAUCUCGUACCUCUGCGACCUCUCUGAGCUCGAGAUGCUGCGACUGCACAUCGGCACGGCGCAUCCCUACUGCUUUGCUUUCAACGGCGAGGAGUAUGCGCAGUGCUGCGCGCUGCCGCCCGUCGACCCGUACACGCAGCGGCCGCGCCAGAACGUGCCGAUUGGGCUUGUGUCCGCUCUCAAGUCGGCACGCACUGAGGAGGUUGACUCGCUCAUUUAGAAGGCCGACCUCUUGUUGCCUGACAGCAGCGGCCCCGCCUGAAAGUGCCGGUCGGCCUCGUCUCCGCUGUCAAAUCGGCGCGCGCCGAGGAGAUGGACUCACUCGUCCAGAACUGGUUGUGGCAGUACGUUGCAGUGGUUCUAGAUGAGUGAGGCUGACUGCAGCGGCUGAGGCAGAACGUGGCAGUUGACUGUUGACUGGCUCUCAAAUCAGUGCACACUGAGGAGAUUGCUUUGUCGGUCUCGAUGGGACGAGCAGCAGGGGGCUUUGUAGGGGGGAUAUGGGGAGUGUGUGGUGUGUGGUGUAUCCUUGAAGGGGCCAACGAGAGCCUGCGUUCAUAUGGUGUAAAUAUGGGCCGGUGCUUGAGUGUCAUGGCUACACCAUUCUGACUCGGGUUUUGCUAUGUGGAUGUAUUUUAUUGUACGGUUGUGGAGUCACAGGCGCUGCAGCUGGUUUACCGACCAUGCUGUUUUUCCAAGUGCCAUCCCGAUGUCCAUACCUAAUCUUCCCUUCCCUGUACUCUGUUAACGUAGAAACGAAUGAUUA